CAUCUCAUACCGCACAAGCUUCUUAGUCCGUAUCGUCAUGAGGGGUCGGCACGACUACCCUCGUUCAGAUUCAUAGGCCACGAGGUAAUAUAAGAAGCUUAUAUCUCUCUGUUCAUGAUGUGUACACCUUUCUUGCUGGGCAAUUUUCACCGGGCGUCUUUGUUAGGCAAUUGGCUGCUGAGAACACCGUAAUGAUGAUGAUACGCUCACUCUCAACGGCACUGGCUUGUAUCUCUGCCGUCACCGCAACCAUCUUGGAGAAUGGCCGCCCAAGAGUAACGAGCUUCAUAGAUACGAAGGUGGACCCGACUCCUGCCGAGUUCAAGACAUACGAUGCCGAUGCCGAAGAGAUAUCGUACAAAGGUCGAUGGGAUUCAAAGCAGAUAUCGUGGUGGGCAGCCCCGGGCAUCAAAUUCGGCUUCACCGGUCAGACACUCGCGGUCACAUUCGGUAAUCAGACUAUCAACAAUACUCUCGUCGCCUACAGAAUCGCCGGUCUAGACUGGAUGCACACUAACGUCACGGCGGGCGGCAUUCAUCAGUUCGUGAGCUCCGACACUCCAGGCAUCGAGCUAGCUGGUCCUGUCAGCCCAGUUACAUUCGAGAUGAGAGUGACAAACUGGGCUUAUGGAGUCCAAAUUGACAAGGUUCAUGUGGCUUCUGGAGAGCAGCUCGUCAAGAUUCCCGACUAUCCUCGUCGAGUAGAAUUUAUUGGUGAUAGCCUGUCAGCAGGCAUGUAUAAUACUUACGAGGCCCUCGCGGGAUUUGCUUACGGUGUCGGCGCGGGUCUGGGAGAUACCGAGUAUUCCAUUACAGCCUAUCCGGGCAUAUGCGUCGCCGACCAAGACUGUUGGGGCAACCCUCGAGGACAAUCUCACCAAUGGUUCUAUACAUCAGACACAGGCGGACGGGCAAACGAAAUAUGGGGAGGUAUGUGUACUCAGUUCGAAAUAGGGAACCGGGCAAACAUGGCCUUGUCAAAUCGACCUCAGAUCUCCGCCGGGCGAAUCUUGGAAGGCAUGAUACUGACGGCAACCUGUGCAGAUGAACCAGAGCCUUGGGACUUCUCCAGAAACCCUCCUGCCGACCUCGCUGUCAUCAACCUCGGCACAAAUGAUGCGAAUGCUGCAAACAAUGUCACCAAAGCCACUUACGUUGAACACUACAGGAGACUCAUCCAGGGUAUUCACGGAAAGUGGCCCGAAGCUCAGGUCAUAGUCAUGCAAAUGUGGCAGGGCUUUUUCCAGGAUGGCAACACUUAUGGCCAGAACACCGACCUUCGAGACGAAGUGUAUAGCGUUUACGAGUACUUCAACACAGAAGAAUACCUAAGUAACCCGACAACUUGGGAUGCUGUCACAAAUACCACCGAGCAGACGGGCAAACCAGCAACACCCUUCGUGCACUUCUUCAACACCACAGGUAUCCUCCAGCACAACGACAUCGCGCCACAGUGGCAUCCGACGGAUGUCGGCCAGAUCAAGGUCGCGAGCCACCUGAUACAGUACAUCACUCUGAAGCUCGGCUGGCCCCUGUAUGCUACCGGACCCGAGUGAGUUUUCCAUGCUUCGAUCUUUCCUUUGCGGGUUACGCCUUCUCACGAUAUGCUUGCAUUGCCCUCGGAUCAUGACGAGGAGGCAAAUUGACAUCCUAUAUGCUAA